UCCAAUCACAGCUGAUCACAUGUAAACAGGGAAAUGGGACAUGUACGCUGAUCAUCAGAGCACUGAUGAUCAGUGUGCCCUGAUGAUCAGUGUGGCCCCAGAAGUGCCACCUGUCAGUGUCCAUCAGUGCCAGCUGUCAGUGCUGAACAGCGCCAUCUGCCAGUGCCCAUCAGUGCCACAUCAAUGCCACAUAUCAGUGCCCAUCUGAGCUGCCUUUCAGUGUCACCCAUCAGUGCUACCUAUCAGUGCUGCCAAUUAGUGCCACCUAUCAGUGCCAGUCAGUGACGCUUAUCAGUGCCAGUCAGUGCCGCCUAUCAGUGCCAGUCAGUGCCACCUAGCAGUGCCAGUCAGUGCCGCCUAUCAG